AUGUCAGACGAUCCCAGAUUCAAAAUUGUUGAAGGAAUAGAUGGAGAUUAUGUGAUCAUAGGGUUUCCUCAUCAUAUAGGAGCCAAAAGAGACAAUGUUCGAAUUGGAUAGGACCAUGGACCUGAUUCUUUAAGAAGAUUCUUGCCUAGAAUUGGUCCAUUAAGGAAUGCUGAAUAUAUGAAAGAUAUUAGUAAUUUUAUAGUUUCGGAUUAUGGAAAUAUACAUGUUGACGAUGAUUAAAAUUUAGAAAAACUUUUGGAAAAAUUGAAUCAGAAAGUGAAAAUUGUACACAAUAAGAAUCACAUUCCAAUUGUAAUAGGAGGAUCCAAGGAUUGUGUUUUUGGUGUUCUUAGUGAUGAUUUGCAUGUGAUUUCAAUUAAUCAUAUUCCUGAUAUUCAAGUACCAUAUGAUGGCAAUAAACCAAGUAUUAACUCAGGAUUAAGAGCAUCGACAAGUAAAAUAUCAAUUACCUAUUUUGGGUAUGAUAAUAGCAAAUUAAAUUAAGAAUAAGAAAAUUAUAUAAAUGAAAAAUGUAAUGGAAUUAGCUUAUAGAAGAUUAGGUAAGCAUAGAAGGCAUUUCAUCAAGAUCUGGAAUAAUAAGUUACACAGGCUGGAAUUUUAUUUAAAUAAAUACUUACAAAUCUUUAAGGGAAAAGAAUUCAUAUUUCUAUUUCUUUAGAAGCCAUAGAUUCGGCUUUUUGUCCUGGAGUAAGCAGGCCUUGUGUGUAAGGCUUAUAAGUAGAAGAAAUAUUUGAAAUAGUUUAUUUGGCAGGUAAAUUUUGUGUUGGUUUGGAUAUUACUGAUUAUAAUCCAACAAUUGAGGAUUAUCGUACAGGGUUUUUAUUAGGAAAUCUAAUUUAUUAUUUUAUUUUAUCAAAAGGAAAGGAUAUUAAGUGAUAUUAAUUUUUUGGUAUAAAUUUCCCAUAAAUUAUUCCAAAUUAAUUUA